AUGCUGGGGCUACCCGACCCGCUCAAGCCAGGCUCUUCUUUCUUCACCUCUAGCCGCGACGGUGGUGAAGUUCAUCUGGCUUUCGCAUUGAGCUUGGAUGGGUUCAAUCCUCGAGGGCGCAGGGAAGGCGGGAAGAAAUGCUCAUCUACCGAAAUCAGCCUGGUAUGCCUCAACCUUCCGCCCAACAUACGGUUUAAGGACGAGAACAUGAUUCUCAUCGGCAUUGUCCCUGGGCCGAAGGAGCCCUCCUUGGAGCAGAUUAAUUUUGUUCUCCGUCCGCUCGUCGAUGAUCUUCUAGAACUAUGGACCACUGGCGUGUUUUUGUCUCAGACGCCAGAAGUACCCCGCGGCAGGAGGGUUCGUGCAGCACUAGUACCCCUGGUGGCUGAUAUGCCAGCUGCGCAACAGGCUGGUGGAUUCGCCGGAUUUCGCUCAAAACACUUCUGUACUAUCUGCCAUUUGCAUAAGCGUGAUAUCAACAACCUUGACAAGUCCACAUGGGCCCCUCGUGACAAUGCGUCGCAUCGUCAGACGGCUGAACAAUGGCGAUCCUUAGAGACUUGGAAGGAGCGCGAUGAUCUCUACAAGGUCACUGGUGUUCGCUACUCGGAACUCCUUCGGCUGCCUUACUGGGACGCGAUACUGUGGAACGUAGGCGAAGUCAUGCAUACCGGACAUCACAACGUGGGCGGCCAUCAUUGUAAGAGCUUUCUGGGCAUGUCUCUGGAAUUUGCCGACGGCGAUGGCACUCUCCCAGAACCCGUCCGAAACGGGGCUGAUCCACACUUGGUCGAUAAUGCUUGGUCGCACGUCCGAUGGUCUCCGAAGGAGGAGUUGCAGAAGCUUAGUAAGAUAAUAUUGGAAGCUCUCGUGUCUCGGGCCGCGAUCAGAUGCAAAACGCAUACUAAGGAUGGCAUGAGCGAGGCCCUACAUCGGUUUCGAGUGGCGAAGGGGUGGUUUGACCAGAAUGGCCAUUUGGUCGAGCCCUCGAGAGGUACAGCGCAGUCGGAACAGGUGCCUCGGCCAGUCGACGACCUGCAACUCAUGGAUCGAGCUGCAACAAGCGCGGACGUGGACGUCAUGCUUACUUAUUUUAGAUAUGCUCCUAGCAUCAAAGAGCUGAAGCUAUUCACAGCGCAAAAGCUCAAGGUGCUUCUGCUCAAUGUCGUCCCAGGUGCCUUGGUCGACACGAGCAAACGCGGCUUGAUAUGGAGUUAUACGAAGGCUCAGUGCCUUAAAGCACUCGCAAGUGAGCGAGUUAAGCAAAAAAUUGUAGACGAAGAUGGUGCAGUGAGGGACCAAGACGAGGAGUUGAUGAACGAGGCUCGGAGGACGAUGGAGGCCAAAAAGAAGACGGUCAUUCUUGGGAGUGAGCGCUUGCGUCUCGUCCAUGAAGACAUUGGUGCAACUAUCGUGCCUGCUUGGAUGGGCCACAUUUCCAGGAUUUUCGGUACCCCCUCCGCUGGGACGACCCACGCCAAUGACCUUUUCUGGUUUUGUGUCGUCUAUCUGCCGAUCACUCUUGGGCGAUUAUGGGGCCAUUACCCUGUACACACUCGGGAGCGCCAAAUUCUAGACUGUACCAUGUGGCUGGCCUUGACUUUGGAACUGACCGCAUCAGAUGUUCUCAAUCUGGAGGCAGUGCGGGACGCGGCUCUUGCUUACCGCGAAUACGUCCAUGCGCUGAGGCAUCUAUUCCCUGAUAUUCCCCUAUACCCAUGUCAUCAUGAUAUGUUCCAUAUUCUGGAUCUGCUCCCGUAUUUCGGCCCCACUGCCAAUUGGAACGCGUAUGCCUACGAGAGGAGUAUCGGACUUAUGCAGAGGGUGCCAACCAAUAAUCGACCCAGCGAGAUGGAAACUACCAUCUUUACAGCCACGUGCCAGCGAAGGCGCCUCCGUACUGUAAUCGACGCACUGGACGCAGGAGAGCUGGACACUAGUGGCAUGGACGAGCCGACACUCAGCUCUCAGCUGGAGAAACUACGCGAGGUGUAUGCAGAAACUCCGGAGAGGCGCAGACGCGGGACGCUCUACACCGACGUGUUGUCCCCAGUCGGCGAACUUGGCCUCCGAGACUUCGCCGCGCAGAUUGUCGGCAAGAAAAGGAGCCCAGCGCCAGACCACUGGAACAUAGAACUAGAUCGCAUCCAUAAUACGGCAAACAACCCUUGGCGCACGACUCGUUCCGUUGUAUACUUGAACGAGGUCAAGAUACGAGGUGCCAUCUAUGGCACCUCUCAUCCAAACUACUAUGUUGCUAUCCCGGAUCCGGAUCCUAAGGCACAGGCUGGGGAGGGGUGGCGAGCAGCGCGAAUAGUCAAACUCUUCAUCACUCCUGCAACGCAGUCGAACGAGGUCGCUCGAGGCUUCGCCGUAGUUCGAGGCUUCCACACUCUAUCCGCCGAUGACGAGGUCAAGGAUAACUAUCGGAGAUACAGGCGCGGCGGGAGGCUUUUCUACCGAACUGAAGACGAAGCCGAGAAGAUCAUCGGCAUCGACGACCUUCUAGGCAAUUGCACGCGUAUUGACUUAGAGUCGAUGGGCACAUCGCGGCCAGUCUUUCAAGCGAAGGCACUCUUCGUUGGUAAGGCGGCUAGCUCACCUAGCGUGGCUGUCCCGUCGUCCAACGACGUCAACGCGACCAGCACGACCACAGACUUUUGA